GCGGCCAUCCCUUCACUCCUUAAUGCUGCUUGCAGUGAACAGGACUCUGAGCCAGGGGCCCGGCUUACCUGCCGCAUCCUCCUCCACCUUUUCAAGACACCUCAACUCAAUCCUUGCCAAUCGGAUGGAAACAAGCCUACUGUAGGAAUCCGCUCCUCCUGUGCGCACCUGCUGGCUGCCUCCCAGAACCGCAUCGUGGAUGGAGCUGUGUUUGCUGUUCUCAAGGCUGUGUUUUGUACUUGGUAUGGGGGGGAUGCGGAACUGAAGGGUUCGGGCUUCACUGUGACAGGAGGAGCAGAAGAACUUCCAGAGGAGGAGGGAGGAGGUGGCAGUGGCAGUCGGAGACAGGGUGGCCGCAACAUCUCUGUGGAGACAGCCAGUCUGGAUGUCUAUGCCAAGUACGUGCUACGCAGCAUCUGCCAGCAGGAAUGGGUAGGAGAACGUUGCCUUAAAUCGCUGUGUGAAGACAGCAAUGACCUGCAAGACCCAGUGUUGAGCAGUGCCCAGGCCCAGCGCCUCAUGCAGCUUAUCUGCUACCCACAUCGGCUGCUGGACAACGAGGAUGGGGAAAACCCGCAGCGGCAACGCAUUAAGCGUAUUCUCCAGAACUUGGACCAGUGGACCAUGCGCCAGUCUUCGUUGGAACUACAGCUCAUGAUCAAGCAGACCCCUAACAAUGAGAUGAACUCCCUCUUAGAGAACAUCGCCAAGGCCACAAUCGAGGUUUUCCAACAGUCUGCAGAGACAGGGUCAUCUUCUGGAAAUGCUGCAAGCAACAUGCCCAGCAGCAGCAAGACCAAGCCUGUGCUCAGCUCCCUAGAACGCUCGGGUGUAUGGCUGGUGGCUCCUCUCAGCAAACUGCCCACCUCAGUCCGAGGGCAUGUGUUAAAGGCUGCUGGGGAAGAAUUGGAGAACGGCCAGCAUCUGGACACCUUCCGCAAAGAACGUGAUCGACAAAAGCAGAAGAGCAUGUCCCUGUUGAGCCAGCAGCCCUUCUUAUCCCUGGUGCUGACAUGUCUGAAGGGGCAGGAUGAGCAGCGUGAGGGACUCCUUACUCCCUACAGCCAGGUCCACCAGAUUGUGACUAACUGGAAAGAUGACCAUUAUUUAGACGAUUGCAAACCAAAGCAGCUAAUGCAUGAGGCACUCAAACUGCGGCUCAACCUGGUUGGGGGCAUGUUUGACACAGUGCAGCGCAGCACCCAGCAGACCACGGAGUGGGCUGUUCUCCUGGAGAUCAUCAUCAGCGGCACUGUCGACAUGCAGUCCAACAACGAGCUCUUCACCACUGUCCUGGACAUGCUAAGCGUGCUCAUCAAUGGGACCCUAGCUGCAGACAUGUCCAGCAUCUCCCAGGGCAGCAUGGAGGAAAACAAACGUGCCUACAUGAACCUGGUGAAGAAGCUGCGGAAAGAGUUGGCGGAACGCCAGUCGGAUAGUCUGGAAAAAGUUUACCAGCUGCUGCCACUGCCCAAGCCGACUCGAGACGUGAUCACGUGUGAGCCGCAGGGCUCCCUUAUUGACACCAAGGGCAACAAGAUUGCUGGCUUCGACUCCAUCUUCAAGAAGGAGGGUCUUCAGGUUUCCACCAAACAAAAGAUCUCUCCCUGGGAUCUUUUUGAGGGCUUGAAGCAUCAGCGGCCACUGUCUUGGGGCUGGUUUGGAACAGUCCGGGUGGAUCGGCGCGUGGCCCGUGGAGAGGAGCAGCAGCGACUGCUGCUGUACCACACACACCUGAGGCCCCCCGCCCGCGCCUACUACCUGGAGCCACUGCCACUGCCUCCAGAAGAUGAGGAACCCCCUGCCCCCACCCUAGAGCCUGAAAAAAAGGCUCCAGAGCCCCCCAAAACUGACAAACCUGGAGCUGCUCCACCCAGCACUGAGGAACGCAAGAAGAAGUCCACCAAGGGCAAGAAGCGCAGCCAGCCUGCCGUCAAGACAGAAGACUAUGGAAUGGGCCCAGGCCGAAGUGGCCCCUACGGAGUGACAGCUCCAGACCUCCUGCACCAUGCCAACCCUGGCUCCAUCUCCCACCUUAGCUACAGGCAGAGCUCCAUAGGCCUCUACACCCAGAACCAGCCACUGCCAGCAGGUGGCCCCCGCGUGGAUCCAUACCGCCCUGUGCGGUUACCAAUGCAGAAGCUGCCUACCCGCCCACCUUACCCUGGAGUGCUGCCCACGACCAUGACUGGUGUCAUGGGACUGGAACCUGCCUCCUACAAGACGUCUGUGUACCGGCAGCAGCAGCCUGCAGUGCCCCAAGGACAGCGCCUUCGCCAACAGCUCCAGGCAAAGAUAAGUCAAGGGAUGUUGGGACAGUCAUCUGUCCAUCAGAUGACUCCCAGUUCUUCAUAUGGUUUGCAGACCUCCCAGGGCUAUACUCCUUAUGUUUCUCAUGUGGGAUUGCAGCAACACACAGGCCCUGCAGGUACCAUGGUGCCCCCCAGCUACUCCAGCCAGCCUUACCAGAGCACCCACCCUUCUACCAAUCCUACUCUUGUAGAUCCUACUCGCCACCUGCAGCAGCGGCCCAGUGGCUAUGUGCACCAGCAGGCCCCAACCUAUGGACAUGGGCUGACCUCCACUCAAAGGUUUUCCCACCAGACACUGCAGCAAACACCCAUGAUAGGCACCAUGACCUCACUGGGCCCCCAGGGUGUCCAGGCCGGCAUCCGGUCGGCUUCCAUCCUGCCUGAGCAGCAGCAGCAGCAGCAGCAGCCAGCAGCAACAGCAGCAACAGCAGCAGCAGCAGCAGCAGCAGCAGCAGCAGCAGCAGCAGUACCAUA